AAAAAACCUGCACAGCUUCCAAUGGAAGAAGAUAUUCAAACUAUAAGAAAUCAUAUUGUUACUACUAUGGAAAAACUGACUAGCAAAUAUGAAAUAAUUGAUGGACAUUCCUUUAUUCAAUUAAGAGACUGUGCUUGUGCUCGAUUAACUAUUUUUAAUGGCAGGCGUGGUGGUGAACCUGCAAGACUAACAAUUAAAGAAUGGGAAAAUGCUUUGAAUAAUGUAUGGCUAGACAAACAAAGAAUAAAAAAUACACUAUCUGAAAGUCAAUUAGAAGAUGGGAUGAAAAUUACUUAUCAGUCUGGGAAAGGGGUUAAUCAUUCAGUCCUUGUUUUAAUUCCAACUGAUACUAUUGAAGCAAUGAAGUUGUUAGGUUCUGCCGAUAUUAGAACUCAGGCUGGAGUUUCAGCAAAUAAUAUUUACAUUUUCCCAAGUACACAAUCUUCACUUUAUCACUGCUCUGGAUGGCAUAGUCUAAAAAAUAUAAUCAAGCAACUUAACUUGAUAGAUGAAUCAAAAGUUACUGGUACAAAUAAUCACCAUCGACUCUAUACACUAGUGGCUGGUUUAGGAGUUUCAGAUGCCCAAAUGAGUUUGGCAUAUGAUCACUUUGGGCACAGUGAAACAAUUAACAAGACAAUAUAUCAAGCUCCGGCAGCUCAUCGACAGCUUCUCUCAACAGGAAAACAUCUUGAAGCUAUUGAUCAAAAUUCCUUAAAGCAAGAUUUAAAAAAAAACAAUAAAUAUUGAUAAAAAAGAACAGAAAAAUCGACUUGUAGAAAAACAAGAGAAGCCAAUAAAACUAGCUAAAGUUUUUUUAACAAGAUCUAAGGCAAAACUUGAGGCUAGUGUUGAAAGUAGCACUCCAAUCAGUUUGAAUAAAC